CUUGAACAACGCCGGCGUUCAGUCAUCCCUUGUUUCAAAAUGAUAUAAUAUUAGCAUUAAAAUGUAUUCCUGGAGGAUCGUUAUAACAUUAUACGUAUUUAUUUAUCCUACUUUUUCGUUAUUUAUUCACGAAGAAACAGAUAAAUCCACAGCCUUUUUGUAUGAAAAAGACUUUGACAUCAAAACUUUUCCCUCCAAAAUUUCGAAAAUUGGUGAAAGCGAAGCAGUGUUGGACCCAAAAGGGGAUAUUCUGUUGAAAUGGCGAGUUUACUAUUCAAUUAAUAAAAUUCGUUUUCAAAUCGUGUUCUCUGACGAUACGCAGCCGAUGAAAUGGAUUAGCUUGGGAUUCUCUGAUAGAGGAGAUCUCAACAAUGCUGAUGUCUGUUUAUUAUGGACCGACUACACUGGCCAAGAACAUUUUGAGGAUAUGCAUUCGGAUGAGAAUGGUAAACUUGUCCGUGAUGAUAAACAAAACUGCGAGGCGUUCCACAUCGACCCGAAGACCAGAAGCGUUUACUUCGAUCGUUACUUCGACACCUGCGACGAUGAUGAUUACAUAAUCGAGGAUGGUACAGUACAUGUGAUAUGGGCGCGAGGGAACGACAAACUGUUUUCAUCCAACGGCUUGUGUAUAUCUUGUACUUCGUCAUCCGAUCACGGCUUUAUUCGAGUUCGCCUGUUGACACCUACAGCAGUGUCUCAUCAGAGCGGCAAUGCAAUUCCCAUCACCACGAAGAACCUUAAAGUACCAAAGUCCGACACAACAUAUUGGUGUAAGGUUGUUAAACUACCUCAGUUUAUUACUUCGAAGACUCAUCAUAUCAUAAAGUUUGAGUCUACAAUAACAAAAGGUAACGAAGGACUAGUCCAUCACAUGGAGGUGUUCUACUGCGACGCUGACCCAGCAUUAGAAAUACCACUGUAUGAAGGUAACUGCUUCUCGGAAGAGAGGCCAGUCUCCACUAAACAAUGUUCAAAGGUAAAAGCCGCCUGGGCUAUGGGCGCGCCACCGUUCGUGUAUCCUGAAGAAGCCGGCCUACCUCUGGGAGGACCGGAUGCCAACAAGUUUGUGAUGCUUGAGGUUCACUACAAUAACCCUGAGAUGAGAGUAGAUUGGGUUGACAGCUCCGGAAUCACGUUACAUGUAACACAACACAGACGCAAGUAUGACGCAGCAAUAAUGGAGCUCGGCUUGGAGUACACGGACAAGAUGGCUAUACCCGGACGUCAGGAAGCGUUCCCACUGACGGGAUACUGCAUACCACAGUGCACUGGUGUGGGUCUGCCAGAAAGUGGUAUCAUGGUUUUCGGCAGCCAGCUACAUACUCAUCUCACUGGUAUCGCGGUCUGGACGAGACACUAUCGUCGCGGAGUAGAGUUACCCGUGAUCAACAGAGAUAUGCAUUACUCAACUCAUUUCCAGGAGAUCAGGAUACUACACAGACCUGUGAAAAUUUUUCCUGGUGAUUAUUUAAAAACAACUUGUGUGUACAACACUAGUGAAAAAGAGAACACAACGAUCGGAGGUCACGCGAUCACGGACGAGAUGUGUGUAAAUUAUCUUCAUUACUACCCCGCGACCGAACUAGAGGUUUGCAAAAGCGCUGUGGCAAAUGAAGCUUUGGAGAAGUACUUCGAGUUUGAACAAAGAUGGGACAACAUUUCGAUAGAUCUGCGCGCUCCACCUCGCGCUAACUACUUGUCGAUAACGCCGUGGUCGCCUUUGAGGGUCAAAGCGUUACAAAUGCUUUAUCAACACUCUCCUAUAUCAAUGCAGUGCAAUAAAUCGGAUGGCAGCCGAUUUCAGGGAGAAUGGGAAGGAAUAGUUAUACCAAAAAUAAGAUUACCGUUGAAGCCCGAACAAAGAGCCUGCUUAGUUUAAAACUGGAAGAAGACGAAAAGAGUUACAUAGAUUUAACAAAGUGUACAUUAUUUGCUUAUAAAUAUAUUUAUAUGUAGAUUUAAUUUAUUUCGCGUUGGAUAGCUACGCUAAUCCAUUGGCCGAAAUAGUAUCUUUAGCACAUUUACCGCGCCUCUUGGCCUGAUGGACAAAGAAGUAUAUGAAUAUGAAUUCUGUGAUUAUAAAUAUUUUGCAACGUUAAAAUAAAUUAGACUAUUUGUUAAAUAUUAAUGGAAAUUUUUCAAUAUUAACUGAAUAUCAUGUUUACUUCUUAAUAAAAUUAUUGCAAUAAUAACGUA